GUCAUCGUCAUUGUCGUCAUCGUCGUCGUCGUCGUCAUCAGCGUCUGGACGGACUCAGUCCUCUUUCUAAGUUGUUUAUCAGUCAUGUUGGCGGCGUUGUCGUCAUUGGAUAAUAAUAAUAAUCAUAAUAAUAAUAAUAAUCACAGCAACAUAAAUAAUAACAAUAGCAACAACAACUAUAACAACAACAAAACUAGCAAUAAUAAAUUCACAAAAGGGAAGAUUAGAAAACGUCAAUGUGAAAGAAGAUCCCAAAGUCUUUGGUUUUUACCAUGGGAUAGUUGUGCUAAUAAUAACAGCAGCAACAACAGCAACCACAACAACAACAACAACAGCUGCGAUAGAAACAGUAGUUAUUGCAAUGUCGGUGAGAGAUACCGGCCUGAGGCGAGAGUUCUAGGCUCGAGUGGGCCCCGUGUCUACACAAAAGUCGGACCAGUGGUCACAAUGGGGAUUUUAAACACAUUCUGGACUAUAGUGCUUCUGGUUCUUACCCUAGCUGAUUGUACCCCAGCUACUGUUUAUAUCAGCAAUGGCACCAAUAUUCUGAAAAUAAGAAAAGGGCACAAAAAAGAGAGCAUUUUCUCCCAGCCUGAAGGGAGAAUUGUUGGCUUAGCUUCUGAUAUACAUGAUGGUCUUCUUUUCUGGUCUGAUGUCAGUGAAAGCAAGCGUGGUAUUUAUAGAUCUUACUUAAAUGGUAGUGAUGUACGACUAAUCUUGAAAGAUGUUGAAGAAUGCAAUGGCCUAGCUGUCAACUGGGUCACUAAUCAUCUUUACUGGACUGAUGCUAAAACCAGUCGAAUUGAGAUGUCAAACUAUGAUGGAAGAGGUCGCCGAAUUUUGUUUGGAUCUGAUCUAGACCAACCAAGAGGAAUCAUUGUAGAUCCAAUGUCUGGGUACGUUUUCUGGGCUGACCAAGGAACUAAGCAAAUUGAGCGUUCUCAGUUAAAUGGUAAUCACCGGCGAGUAUUAAUUGAUUCAGAUUUGCACUGGCCAAAUCAAUUGGCAAUCAGUCCUGCCACCAGACGCCUGUAUUGGGUCGAUGGAAUGAACCACAUGAUCAUGUCAUGUGACAUGAAUGGGAAGAACAUAAAGCUGGAGCGGAACACAACAGAGAAAACUGGCAGCAAUGUAAUAUUUGGGCUUGCUUUAUCUGGCAAUCGAGCCAUUAUUAGUGUGUGGUUCCAAGCAAGUCUUUAUUCAACACUGGUUGAAGCAGCUGCUGCUUCUUGGAAAGUGGAAUCAGAAAUAAUUGGCACAAAUGAACUAUUUAGUAUCAUUGUUGUAGAUGGUUCUGUUCAAGCAACAGUUUACCAACAUCCAUGCAGUCAACCAGGAAAUGGUGGCUGUUCUCAUCUGUGCAUGCCAAAAGGAGGUAUCAAAUAUAUAUGUGUUUGCCCAUCAUUUGGAGGUUUGGCUCUUUCCAAAGACAAAAAGACAUGUGAAGUUCCUGAUAACCUUCUGUUCUACACCCUCACUGGAACUGGUCAAGUUGGUUUUCAUGCUGUUGGCUGGCCGGUCACUCCUUAUUUAACAUUGGUUGGAUGGAGCUCAAACCCAAGUGCUAUCACCUAUGACCCCAUUGAAAAAACUGUCUAUUGGAGUGAUGUCACUGAACACGCCAUUUAUACUUCAAACCUUGAUGGAUCAAACAGAAAUAUUUUCUUAAAUGCCUCCCACGGUAUAGCAAUAGUCGAUGGUUUAGCAAUUGAUUGGUUACAGAGACGUCUGUACUUCACUAACCUUGGUCUAGACUUCCAUGGAGUUGAUGGGUCAACCUGUUCCUCUCAUACCAUUGAGAUGAUUAGUUUGGAUGGUAGAAUACGACAAACCAUUAUUACUGACUUACAGAAGCCUCGUGGCAUCACUAUUGAUAACCAGAAUGGCUACCUGUAUUACACUGACUGGGGUACAGAACCAAAGAUUGCCAGAGCAUUUUUGGAUGGUUCUGAGAUUGAAAUUCUCAAGAGUGAAGAUUUAAGUAGCCCUAAUGGGUUAACUAUUGAUAAUGGUCAACUCUAUGUGACAGACUCUAAUUACCAGAAUAAAACAUCUGGACCACAGAUAUGGUUAUUCAAUAUGGCUACUAAUGAGUGGAAGCGAUUUCCAGUGUCUACAGACCUCAAGCUUCCUCGUGGAAUUACUCAACAAGAUGAUACUUUAUAUUACACUGAUUGGUCAACAGAAGAGGAUACAGAAGGCUUCAUAUUCCAGUAUAACUUAAAGAAGUCUACUCUCAAUAAAACCCCCCUAAUUACAGGAAUUAAACCCACAGGACUUCAUUAUUCCCAUCGACAAAUUUCUUCAGAGCCUGAUGCAACAUGUGAUAAUGCCGCCUGCUCUGACGAAUGUAUUCGUACUCCUGCUGACUAUUCUUCUGAACGAUUCCAUUGCUCAUGCCCAGAUUCAUACAACCUGAUAUUAUCAUCAGAUAAGGCCAUUUGUAAAGAACCAGAAAAUUUCUUAAUAGUAGCAGAUCUAAAUACACUUAAGCUAAAGGCCCUUGAUGACCAUCUUGAUUCCAAGGUCCAUAUACUUCACUAUGGCCAUGCAGACAGCAGCUAUGUUGCAUUGGUUUACAAUGAUUUAGAUAAAACCCUGUUUUGGAGUGAUCUUCAUGAAGGACAGCAAGCCAUCAUGUACUCACUUUUAGAAAAGACUGAACCGAAGGUUUUAGUGCAGGUCAACCACUCCAUUGACUGCCUGGCUCUUGAUAAAAAGCAUCAGAAACUUUACUGGACUGGUUAUAAUAAUAUCACAGGUUUUAUUGCUGAAAUCAACCUUAAACACACAAACAAGCCUUACAAACAGUUGUUGGUCAACUUGGACUCACCCAGAGCUGUCACCAUCCAUGCAGAUAAGAACAUUAUAUUUUGGAGUGAAUAUGGACUGAAAUCUGGAAAAGCUGGUGUUUACCGAUGCCACACAAACUGCCACCGACAUAAGACAGUAAUGGCAGAGAAACUACAGUGGCCCAACAGCCUGGUCAUCCACAAAAAUGAAUUGUAUGUUGCUGAUGGUUUUCAUGGUCGCAUUUAUGUCAUGGAUUUCAAAGGUGGCAAAAGAAGAGAACUCUUGUAUUUAUCCAAGAGUAUGGAUCACAUUUUCGGCCUUCAAAUCUAUGAACACUUGCUGUUCUACAGUCGCUGGUAUGAACCAAGUGUCCACAUGGUUGACAUGAUAACUGGUAAAGAUGAAAUAUUUAUUGAUCACCUCACCCAACCAACUGCCAUCGUAGUUCACCAUCCGUCCAAUAUAAACGAGAGCAGUUUUUGCAACACAGAUAAAAAUGACUGCAAAGGUAUGUGUGUCCCAGUGCCACAUAACUAUCACUGUACCUGUGACCCUGGAUAUCAAUUAACUGAAGAGAAAUGUAUAAAAUUGGACAAUCCCUGGGAACAGUCUGACGAAGCCAUGUGCCCCGAAGGAUGCCCUGAGCAUUCAUUUUGCGCUCGUCUUAUACCAACUCUGCAUUACGAAUGCGUGUGCGCUGCUGGUUUCCAAGGAAACGGAGAAGUGUGCAAAGAGUGUCCCAACAACACAUACAAGUCUGACAUCGGUAACAGUACCUGCCUUCCAUGCCCUAAUGAUUCAGAUUCACAGCACAUAUCAGCCUCAAAGGCCUGCCUCUGUAAAAGUCCAUCAGCUCGGCUUGUAGAUGGAAAUUGUGAAGAAACUGAGACAACAUCAACAUCCAGACCAACUACUACUGUUACUACUACUACUAUUACAUCUACUACUACUACUACUACAUUGCCUACCACUAGUACCACAACAACUAUGUCAACAACAACAGAACCUAUUAUAACAACUAGGAAGAAAGCAGCUAAUAUUGGACUGCCCAAAUUUGGAAACUGCCCAAAUGGUGACACUAUAACAGUGGCUCUUCCUAACCAAGAGAACAGUGUCUAUGUUGCUGUCACCUGGACAGCUACUGAUCACUUGGACAAACGUCUUGUAUUAAAAUCAAAUAUUCCAUAUAACGAAGAUGGUCUUCACUUCAAAUGGCUGGGCAAAUCUGAAAGACAAAAAGUUAUCUUUACAGCUCUCGACCGUUGGAAUCAAAAAGCUGUCUGUGAAUUUUAUGUCAUUGUUGAAGACAAAGAAGCCCCUCAUUUUACCUACUGUCCUCACAAUAUUGUAAUCAAAACUAAUCUAUUAUCUGAACGAGUGGUUUGGCCAAAGCCAAUUGCCGAAGACAAUACUCAACUAGAAAAAGUGGUAUCCUCUCAUCAAACUGGUUCAGAUUUUACUUCUGGAACCACAGUUGUUAACUAUACAGCAAUAGACAAAACAGGAAACAAUGCCACCUGUAACUUUAGUGUUACUAUCAUACCAGAAACCAACUGCAACUUACCUAAAAUUACAAAUGGUAGAUUUGUUUGUGGCACAGACCCACCACAACUGGCAAUGUGUUAUAUUACCUGUGAAAAUAAAUUUGGUGUUAACCCUCUUGGAGUGUUCACAGAGCCAUUCAACUGUAAAGUCCUUGACAAUAUCCACAAACUAGAAGAGAUCAUGAAAACACAGCAAGCAUGUUUAAAUAACCACCAUCCAUUCAAAGUACAACAAGAAUUUGAAAUACAGUUCCAAGGCAGAUGUGAACAGGAUGACUCUAGCCUACACUCAAAACUUUCAUCAGCAGUUACCCAAUAUCUUGAAGCCCAGAAUCAUUGCUGGGAUGUUAAAUGCAACUUUAACAAUAUUACAGUCCUCUGUGGACCAAGAACUGAUGGACACAGAUACAAGCGGUCUAAUUACUUCACUGUUACAUGGAACAUCACAAUAAACAAUGUGCAACGUUUACCUAAAACUGAAAUUCGCAGCAUUCUGGAGGCUUUUGAACAAGAACUUGCCUAUGUGGCCGAACUUUUCUCAAUCAAUGUACAUGACCGAGAAUAUAAAUCUGUUCCUGGAAGUGUUAAAGCAUCAGCCCCUUACUGGCAGUGUAAAUCUGGUGAAAUGCUGCAAGAUGAAUACUGCAUUCCUUGCCCCCCUGGUUCAAUGUUGAAUGUCACAUCACAGAGGUGUUCUUUCUGUAUGGUUGGUUUCUACCAAGAUAAGGAAGGCCAAACCAGCUGUAAACUCUGCCCUGAUGGUGUCAGCGCAGCAGAAGGCGCUACCAGCCUUGAAUAUUGUAUCUCCAUCCCAGCCAUUGAUGAAAUGAGUAAAUUUCUCAUUAUCACUACCUGUACGUUUGGCUUUGUCUUCCUCUGUCUUGUGAUCUUCAUGUACCUUCAGUACCAGCGUCAGCAACGGAAAGCAAGUAAUCUCAAAGCAGCACCAACCCCAAGGAAUACAACAACAAGUGUGUAUGUUGCUCCUCCACCAUUCCCCCGUGUCAAGCCAGUCAAUGGCAGUUUUGAGACUCGAGACUACAUGUAUGUUCAUGAGUAUGAAGACAUAGAGAAUGCUUCCCAGGUAUCAAAGAUGCCAAACCCCAAUAUAGAUGCACUUUAUCGAAUUCCGCCACAUAUGCAGCGAAGACUGGCUUCCACAGAAAAUAUCUAUGAUGACUGAAGAAUUUAACCAUGCUCAUUUGCAUAUACAUCCAUACCUAACAAUUUGAAUAAUUGUAUACACACACAUUCACAUAUAUAUGUGUGUAUAUAUAUAUAUGUAUAUAUAUAUAUAUAUAUAUAUAUAUAUAUAUAUAUAUAUAUAUACUCAUAUAUAUAGACAUAUGUGCACAUAAGCAUUACACACAGACAGACAUAUGCAUACUCUCACAUACACACAUAUACAUAUGCCUAUGGAAAAGAUUAUUAUGAAAUAAUGAAAUGGAGUGAUGAUUGAAGCAAAGAAUCUUUCGGAAAACUUGUAUAUUGUUUGUGGCCUUCCGCUGGCAAUCAUAAUAAAAAUGCUGUUUAAUGUCUGGUAUGGGACAGUGCUUGUCAGUAUGUGUGCGUGUGUGUGUGUUCGCGUGCAUGCAUGUGUGUGCGUAUACACGUGUGUGUGUGUGUAUGAUUAUAAAAGGAUGUACUUGGCUUCAAGGAGUACUACUGCAUUAAAGCUUCACCUCUUCUACAAGAAUUACUCUUUCUUCUCAUCUCUUUGCCAUGAGUGGAGUCUGAAGGAAUUAGGAAAGGAAAAGACUCAAUGUGGACAACAAAAAAAAAAAGAAAGCAAAAAGAAAAUUCAAGAACAUUUUUAUCCUAACCUAUUUUAAUUA